AUGAAGCUCUUCACUACCCUGCUCGCUGCCACCUUCGCCGCUCUGGCGCUCGCAAAGUGUGACACCGACCCACUCUGCACGGGCGUCUCUCACGAGGCCUGCCACUUCCACUGCAUCACUCGAGGCAGUCCGUUCGGCGUCUGCACUAUCCAGGAAGGAUGUCCGUCCACCUCAAGUAUCUGCGACUGCAGCGCUACGACCAUUGUCGAGAAGCGCGAUGAUACUCCACUCACGACGGAUCUCAACGGCGACGGUCAACUGGACGAUAUGGACAAGAUCCUUGCCAUCCUUGCGAAUUGCCCGGUCAUCAGUGAGGACGAAGACGAUGAUGAUACGAACGAUACAGAUACCGAGGGUCUCGAGAAGCGGAAAUGCCAUUCUGUGAAGGUUUGCUGGGGAGUGGGUUAG